CAGCCGCCGCCUCCCGCUGCCGCCGGGCCGCCGCCCGUCCCUGCCCGUGGUCUGCAGCCGGGGCGCGGGGCCUCCCGAGCCGGCCCGAGCAGCGCAGCCACCGCGUCUGGAGCUCGGGGCGGCGGAGCUGACGGUGCAGAUUCUUCUUAAGCUUUGCUGAGAACUGUGACACAGGAUGGCCACCAAUAAGCCCAAGGGCCAGAAUUCUUUGGCAUUACACAAAGUCAUCAUGGUGUGCAGCGGAGGUGUGGGCAAGUCUGCUCUGACCCUGCAGUUCAUAUAUGAUGAGUUUGUGGAGGACUAUGAGCCUACAAAGGCCGACAGCUACCGGAAGAAGGUGGUGUUGGACGGGGAGGAGGUGCAGAUUGACAUCCUGGACACAGCAGGGCAGGAGGACUAUGCCGCCAUCAGAGACAACUACUUCCGGAGCGGGGAGGGCUUCCUCUGCGUCUUCUCCAUCACGGAAAUGGAAUCGUUUGCAGCCACGGCUGACUUCAGGGAGCAGAUUUUAAGAGUAAAAGAAGAUGAGAAUGUUCCAUUUCUGCUGGUGGGUAACAAAUCUGAUUUAGAAGAUAAAAGGCAGGUGUCUGUGGAGGAGGCGAAGAGCCGGGCGGACCAGUGGAACGUGAACUACGUGGAGACAUCUGCCAAGACGCGCGCUAACGUCGACAAGGUGUUUUUUGACUUAAUGAGGGAAAUUCGAGCCAGAAAAAUGGAAGACAGCAAAGAAAAGAAUGGGAAAAAGAAGAGAAAAAGUUUAGCCAAGAGAAUCAGAGAAAGAUGCUGCAUUUUAUAAUCACAGCCCAACUCCUUUCUUAUCUUGACCAUACUAAUAAAUAUAAUUUAUAAGCAUUGCCA